GAUUACAUUGUCAACUGUGUGGCAUGAUAAAAAAAAUCUGAAAAUAACGUCUGAUUAUCGAAGGAUACCACACACGUACAUUUUCGAAUUUGGAUGUUAAACCAUUCCUUUGUCAUCGGGUGGCAGUGAAGGAAGUUUUGGAUCCAGGUGAAAAAGGAGCACAGGAGAAUCUGAUAUAAUUGAAGACAAUCCUCAAGAUGACGAAAUUAUCAAUUGUUGUGGGAUUCGUGUUUGCUCUCGUUGCUACAUCCUGGGCCGUCCCGUUGGAUCGUAAUGAAAUUUCUAAAUUGAAAUUGGCCUACAAGCCCCUCGCAAACCAAGGUGGGGAAGACCCAGAUCCAGUGAUUCAAGCUCGCAGGAAUUUCGUCAAGCAGAUGAUGAAAGAUGCUUGGGAUGAUUAUGUCAGGUGGGCGUGGGGGGACAAUGAAUUAAAACCAGUCAGCCAAACGGGCCAGACGGGGGGCAUAUUCGGUCCUUCGAAAAUAGGGGCGACAAUUGUAGACUCACUCGACACUCUUUAUAUCAUGGAGUUGAUGCAAGAGUAUGAAAUGGCCAGGGGCUAUGUCGCAAAUGAGCUGGAUUUUGAAGUGAAUGCCACAGUUUCAGUUUUUGAAACAAAUAUACGUUUUGUGGGCGGAUUUCUUGCUGCUUACGCCAUUACCCAAGAUACAAUCUACAGGGAUCGCGCUGUAGAAAUUACAAACAAACUGCUGCCUGCCUUUAAUUCGACAACCGGGAUUCCUUUCGGUAGUGUCAACGUUUUGACUGGGGAGACGGGAACGAAUGCAAAUGCUGUGCUAGCCGAGUUCGGGACAUUACAUUUAGAGUUUAUGUACCUGUCGGAAAUUACUGGAAAUCCUAUUUACGCUGAAAAAGUUCAAGCUAUUCGCAAGUUUUUGAAAGAGAUUGAAAAACCAAAUGGACUUUAUCCCAACCACUUGGAUGUCAACCAAGGCAGAUGGACUGAUGAUCACGUGUCAAUCGGGGCUCUAGGCGAUUCUUACUACGAGUAUCUUUUGAAAGCAGCAAUCCAACUUAAUGACCAAGAGGCCAGAACGAUGUAUGACGAAGCAAUGGAUGCCUUUGUUAACAAUGAUCUUGUCAGAGUUUCUCGACAAAACCACUUAUUGUAUAUUGCGGAAUCACGGGCAGGAUUUGCAGAUCCGGUGGUAGGUCAUUUAGCCUGCUUUGCUGGUGGAAUGUUUGCGUUGGGAGCUCACGUCGAUCCCAACAAUGCAAAUGCAGAUCGUGAUGCUGAAAUUGGCCGAAACUUUACCAACACUUGUCACGAGAGUUAUAUUCGUACAAACACGCAUAUUGGGCCAGAGAUAUUUAGAUUCACAGAUAACUUGGAAGCUGAAGCUGGAAGUGAUGGUGAACGAGGAUACAUAUUGAGACCAGAAGUAAUCGAAUCUUACUUCGUCAUGUACAGGAUUACUGGAGAUUCGAAAUAUCGUGAUUGGGCGUGGGAUGCUGCACAAGCUAUCGAACGCUACUCAAAGGCAGGUCCAGGGCGAGGAUACAGUGGUCUUCGGAACACCAACUCACUGAGCCCAGUUCAGGAUGACGUGCAACAGACUUUCUUUUUAGCCGAGACUUUGAAGUACUUGUACUUAAUAUUUAGUACGAAUGACCUCAUCUCGUUGGAUGAGUGGGUGAUGAAUACGGAAUGUCACCCUCUCCCCGUCAAGGCCACGAAUCCAAUGUAUUAAUGACAAUAUAUAAACUGUAACAAAAUUCAUGCAUUGUGUACAAUAAAUCUGUACAGUUAGGGUUUCUAUUUAAAACGCA